AUGUGUAAAAAGAUAGUGCUUCUCUUUUUGAUUCUCGUUUUGAUUCUCUCUUUUUUUUUGUUGUUGUUUUGUUGGUGGAGAUUUUCAUGCUGUAAUUUUGUUUCUUUCAUCACCUUCUAUACACAAAUGAUCCGUGUAGCCCAUGCAUGUGGGUUUUUACGGCGAAUAGGAAAUAGAUGUUAUACACUUAGGAGUAGACAUGUUGCAAUAACAAAAUCAUCAUCAUCAUCAUCAUCACAUACAGAUCCCGAGUUAACUAUUCUACGGUCCCAGAAACCUCUUCGACAAGCUGUAGCAGGUCUUGGAUCUAUUGUACAAACAGAUAGAAGUAGAAUUAGGAAUAUUGAUCUUUCUCCAGAUUUGAAUUCCGACUUGAAAUUAUUGUUUAUUGAAUUAAUUAAAAUUAAUAAUUGGUUCAGAGGUGUCCUGGAUUCCGAAAUAUCUGUAAGAAUCGUCUCAAGCCAUGUCAAGAAAGUACUAAAAGUGGAAUUCUAUCUGCCACGUCUUUAUUUUGCUCAGAAUAUGUUGACAAAAGAAACCAGAAACAAGACUAAUGGUCUAGUUCACCGAAUAGUAAAGCAAAUUUUUGAUGCAAAUAUAGAUUUUGGAUUUGACGUUCCUAAAUUCUUUCUUCCCCAGAUAAGAUGCAAACCAAACCAAACAGGAUCUGGGGGCCGGAUUAUAAUCACUACAAGAUUGGAAACAGUAGAGUUAGAAUCAAUGAAGGUGUUGGAAAUCCAAACCGCAAAGAAGAUUGCUGAUUUCUUUUCCAGUAGGCAAAUUAGUAAAAUAGAUGAUCAGGUAGAAAGUCGAGUCGUUUGGUAUGAUGAAUUAUACAAUGAAAAUACUCGAGUGUAUCAGAAAAUACUUUUUGCGGAUAAGUUUCUGCUGGAUAUAUUUGGAAAGAUAGAGAAAUCACUUAAAAAGAGAGCAUUAUUGGGGUUUGCCAAAAGUGGUGGUACAAGUUCUGCUGAGAUUUGUUUUGCAAAUAAUAAACUAUACUUUGUGAUUGAUACCAAUUUAAAAUUGAAAUGGUGUGAUCGCAACAAUGAUUUGCGUAUGUGGUUGGAUAUGCAAGCUUACAAAUUGGCAAGUGAAUUGAUUCCGGUUAUUCUUGACAAGCUUGGUGAUCCUGGGAUUAAAUUCAAUAAUGUGAUUACUGCGUGUGCAUAUGUUGGAGCUGAUCGAAAGAUAUCAAUAGAAGCGAAUGUCGAGAUACAAUUUGUGAAGGAGCAUAUCAAGCCAACACAGACACAAGUAGUCAAACGGGAGUUUCAUUCUAAAGCAUUAAAAUUGAAAAAGGUAUUGGAUUUAAAGGCAAGUAAUCAAAAACAUAAAGGUUUCAAGUUUUUGAAUUACGACAAAUUACAGAAAAUCGGAGUUGGGAAAUAUGAAUCAAAAAUAAUUAAAAAUGAUGUCCGAAUGCUGCUUUUGAAACAUGCCUUGAGAGGGAAGUUCAUGCCGGUGGACGGCUUGCCCUCUUUACAAGUGGCCACCAUGGCAGGAAAGAAUUUCAAGAAUCCAACAAAUAGAGAAGUUAUUGAACAGCUUGGUUUUCUGGUUACCCGAGAAUUGAUGUUUUACUUAACGGCUAUCCCGGUGGAGAGAAAACUUAGGUCUGUGACAGAACUUUUAAAUGUAUUUUUCUCCAAGUUGAAUGAUAUAAAAUUGAUUGAAUCCAACAGAGAAGAAGAUAUAGAGUUGCGAUCAAUUGAAAGUAUAAAUGCAUAUAUUGGACUCAGUUACUUAGAGCAGAAAAACAUGGAUCUUAUUACACAGUGGUGCAAAAAUACGCUUCGGACUCAAAAGUUGACAUUUUUAUAUGAUCGAGAUGUGUUUAUGGCUAAUUGGAUGCCAACAAUUGAAGCAAUUGAGGAUAGAUCACCAUUGGAUUUUUCAUUAUUUUUACAGCUGAACCGACCGGUGUUUUUGCAUAGUUCAUUACCACGACUUCCAGCAUUACCAAAAUUGAAAAACCAAUUCCUAUACUCAUUUCUUCGACUUUGUGUGUUGGAAAACCUGGUGCAUGGAAACGCCUGUACAUUUCUCAGAUACCAGCUUGAUGACUUGGGUGAUGCUAUUUUGAAAAAAUACUCAGCAGAGUAUUUCAUCCAGCUUGAACAAAUAGAGCCACAAUUCGUUUGGAACAUGGAUGAUAUUCAUUUCAUUAAUUCCAAUAUUCUAUUCAGUAAGCUAGCCAUAUCAUACAAACUUCAUCGCGCAAUCCAAUGUGAGAAACAUGCCAAUGGUCUUCGUACAAGAUUAGAAGGGUCCUUUGAUAGAGCCAACGUAUUGCUAGGAGACAUGUUUGAAAGAUUGGUAGCAAUUGAAUAUCUUGAUGAUCCCGAUAAAUGUCGCAAGUGGGUAUUUGCCAUUUAUGAUUCAAUAAGACUUAGUUUAACUGCUGAACAUAAACCCAUUAAAUUCUUGGAUAAAGAAAAAUAUCUCGAAACUUUGAAAUACUUGUUGCAAACCUCCUCAUUAUAUUAG